CCUGAUAUAUACCUAUGAAUCAGUCGCCAAGCGUCCAAGUUUCUGAUCACGUGACCAUGGUGGAAUCCUGUAGCGGUCGUAAGUGUGAAAAGCGGUCGUAAGCCCCGUUUUUCAAUGGCGUUUUAAACUGCGAACAGUCACUACAUGAACUGUUGUAUGUCGAGGACCACCUGUAAAAAAAACAACAACCACCUUUAAAGGGAACAGCAGUAAGAAAAACUGCGAAUCAGGUCACUUUAAACCUCCUGCUCUAUUUGCGCCUCCGCCCUUUCAACCGCAUUCUCCUCCCUCGCGCGACGCUCCGGUGCUCGGGGUCACGCAAAAGCCAGCGCAGGGGAGGGAGAGGAAGGCGCAGGCGCGUCGGCCAGGCCGCCAUCCUCCGAACAAUACUUUGUUUAUGCGCAAUUGGAACGGCCGCCUUCUAUUUCCCGUCCGGCGUGACGAUGCGUUGUUCUGUUGCUUCCGGGUCACGUGCUUCCCCGGCGUUUGCGGCCUCCGAGGUCUGUGGGUUUUGAGGCGCCUCCUGAGAAACGCCGCGUCGGGCCGAUGUUGAGGCGUCGCUGCUGGCCGGGAGGUUGACGGGCGGCCGCGGGAGCGAAGGGAAAGGGCCGAAGGUGACCGGGUGGCCAAUGCUGGGCCGUCGUUCGCCAUGGAGAAGAUCUUGGAAGGGUUGGUGAGCUCGUCCUACCCGCUGCCGGUGAAACGUAUGAUCGUCAAACGGGUGGUGGAGUCGGCCGAGUCGCCGCUGAGCGGGCCGCAGUGCCAGGCCAUGUUCGCCCUCAGCACCCGCCUCAUCCUCCAGGGCCCCGACCAGUUCCAGCGCCAGGUCGGGCGGCAGGUCCUCGAGGCCUACGCUCGCCACCACCGCGACGACUUCGAGGCCUUCUUCACGCGCGACCUGGUCCUGGCUUUGCUUCACGGAGGAGGAGGAGAAGGCCCCGGAUCCCCUCUCUUCCUCGCCCCUCCUCCGUCGCCCGCUCCCGGCCUUGGCUCCAACUUAGAUCCCGGCGUCUUAGACUACAUCCAGACCGGCCUGCGGCUUCUCAUUAGCUGCCCGGCGGUGCUGGAGCUGUUCGCUCUGCUCCAGAGGGAAGCGUUACGUCUGGUGAGCGAGAGGCCUCCGGCUCCUCUGUGCGCUCGCCUUUGCCAGCUUCUGAGCGACUUUCCUCAGUGUCUGCCCCGGGGUAGAAAACUCGCCCUCGCCUUUUGCCAGCAGUUGGUACGCAGCAUCGCUCACUUCCAGACCCAAAGCACCCGGGAAGCUGCUCUACGCCUCUACGUCUCCCAAGUCACCCAAGUCAGCAAUCUGCUGCGCAGCAUCUGGAAAGCAGAACCCGACACGCUGCUGCCUUCCUUGCAGGAGCUCUUCGCCAUCAUCUCUUCCACCGAUACUUCUGAACCUUCGGUUGCUUUGGCAAGUCUUGUGCAGCAUAUCCCUUUACAAAUGAUUACAGUCCUGAUUGGAAGCCUUACUACAGAUCCAAAUGUAAAAGAUGCAAGUAUGACACAAGCUUUAUGCAGGAUGAUUGACUGGUUGUCCUGGCCAUUAGCUCAGCAUGUGGAGACCUGGGUGAUAGCACUACUGAAAGGACUGGCUGCAGUUCAGAAGUUUACUAUCCUUAUUGAUGUUACUUUGCUUAAGAUUGAAUUGGUAUUUAAUCGCCUUUGGUUUCCUCUGGUGAGACCUGGUGCUUUGGCUGUCCUUUCUCAUAUGCUGCUCAGUUUUCAGCAUUCUCCAGAGGCUUUUCACUUGAUUGUUCCACAUGUGGUUAAAUUGGUGAUAUCGGUCAAAAGUAAUGGUCUGCCUACCAGCACAGCAUUCUUACAACAGCUGAGUGAAUUAAUGCACUGUAUGAUGUACCAUUACUCUGGAUUUCCAGAACUUUAUGAACCCAUUCUAGAAGCAGUUAAGGAGCUUUCCAAACCCAAUGAAGAAAAAAUUAAGAUGAUACUGAAUCAGAGUGCCUGGACAUCUCAGUCCAGUUCCUUGCAAUCUUGUCUGUCUAGAUUUUCUGGAAAAUCUGAAACUGGAAAGACUGGUCUGAUUAAUUUAGGAAAUACUUGUUACAUGAACAGUGUGAUUCAAGCACUAUUCAUGGCUACAGAUUUCAGAAGACAUGUGUUAUCAUUAAAUCUAAAUGGGUGCAAUUCACUAAUGAGAAAAUUGCAACAUCUUUUUGCAUUUCUUGCUCAUACACAGAGGGAUGCCUAUGCUCCUCGCCUUUUCUUUGAGGCGUCUAGGCCUCCGUGGUUUACUUCUAGAUCUCAGCAGGACUGCUCUGAAUAUCUUAGGUUCCUGCUAGACAGGCUACAUGAAGAAGAGAGAACCUUGAAAGUUCUGUCUUCAUCAAAGCUUCCUGAGGAUAUGAAUGAAGAGUCCCUGGUCCAAGAAGUAGCCAACAAAUCUCAACUAUUUAUCAAGCAGUCAUGUUCAAUGAAAGAGGAGAGAACCUUGAUAGAAAAAAUGUUUCGAGGGAAACUACAAACAAGCAUAUGCUGUUUAAAUUGCAAAAGUACUUCUCAUAAAGAAGAAGCCUUCACAGAUCUUUCACUUGCUUUUUGUCCUCCAGUAUUCUUUAAAAAUGUUGGUCCACCAACUGUAGAACAUUCAUCUGAUGAGAAAGAUGAGUCAAUGGAACAAGUCAGUGCUAGGGCAUUGAGCCCCGUGACAGAGAUGCCAUCCAGUGAUUCCUGUGAAAUGGUCACAAAUGAUGGGACGUUGAAAGAUUCCCCCACUGACUCAAAUUCUGAAACUGUUACUGAUCCUUUUAUCUGUAAGACUGAAGUUGGGGAUAACUUGAAAAAACACGUCAGUGAAGUUACUCCUUCAGUUACUGAUUUGUUAAAUUAUUUUUUGGCACCCGAAGUUCUUAAAGGGGAUAACAAAUACUUUUGUGAAAAAUGUGCCUCCUUACAAAAUGCAGAAAAAAUUAUGCAAAUUGUGGAGGAGCCAGAAUACCUCAUCCUUACUCUUUUGAGAUUUUCAUAUGAUCCCAAAUGUCAUAUUAGGCGUAAAAUCCUAGACAAUGUGUCUCUUCCACUUGUUCUAGAAUUACCUGUUAAUAGAACUGUCUCAUCCUUAAGUACAUUGUCAGGCAUUUGGUCUAUGAGUGUUGAGUUUUCUGACACAGGGGAGAAUUUGGCUAAAAAACUAAAGCCUUCUGGUGCUGAAGAAGUUGGUUGCCCUCAACUAAUACCUUAUGUAUUAAGUUCUGUAGUUGUUCACUCUGGCAUAUCUUCUGAAAGUGGGCAUUAUUAUUCUUAUGCAAGAAAUGUUGCUAAUUCAGGGUCUUCGCUAGGAUCUUUUGAUCAGUCCCAAACUCUGGCUUUAGCUUAUCCUCAGAGCAGUUUAACUGCAGCUACUGAAAAGGAACUGGAUGAAAAUGAAGUCUCCAAGGAAUGGUUUCUAUUUAAUGACAGCAGAGUGACAUUCACCUCAUUUCAAUCAGUCCAAAAAAUUACAAGCAGAUUCCCCAAAGAUACUGCUUAUGUGCUGUUUUACAAAAAACAAACCAGUGCUGGGACUAUCAGUGCGAAAUCAGCCAGCGGACUCUGGAUCAAUGGAGAUCCCCCUCUGCAAAAAGAACUUAUGGAUGCAAUUACAAAAGACAAUAAGCUGUAUUUGCAGGAACAAGAGCUUAGUGCUCGAACCCAGGCCCUAGAAGCAUCUGCAGCUUCGUGUUCUUUUCGGCCAAAUGGAUUUGAUGACAAUGAUCCCCCAGGGAGUUGUGGUCCAACCGGUGGAGGUGGGGGGGGAGGAUUUAGUACUGUUGGCAGGCUUGUAUUUUAAGGAAGAUUGCAUUGGUUUCUAAACAGCUUUGAUUCCUGCACAGGACUGUUAUGUUACUGAACUGUAUUAAAUAAUGUCCCAAGCUUUUUUCAAGAUGUGAUUUUUGUUCUUAAAAAGAACUUUUGUUUUUAUUUGAAAUAAAUAAGUGCAUCAU